UGCUCUGUAAACACUUGGUUAGUUCUUGGAAUAAUUCUGGGUGUUAUUGGAAAGAGAUGGCUCUUACCAGUAAGCUGGUAAGCCAAACAGAGAUCAAGUCUGAUAGUGAUGCGUUUCAUGAAAUGUUCAAAAAUCCACACCGCAUAUCCAACAUCUGCCCUGAUAAAGUUAAGGCUGUUGAUCUGCAUGAAGGUGAUUGGGGAACUGUAGGCUCCGUCAUCAGUUGGAAAUAUGUCCAUGAUGGAAAAGUAAAGAUUAGCAAGGAGAUAAUGGAAGCUGUAGAUGAUGAAAAGAAAUCAGUGACUUUCAAGGUAAUUGAAGGAGACUUCACUGAGCUGUACAAAAGCUUCAUUUUUAUUCUUCAUGUUGAUGCUAAGGGUGAAAGUAACCUUGUGACAUGGACUCUAGAAUAUGAGAAGCUAAAAGAGGAUGUCCCUGAUCCAGCUACAAUGAUGGACAGUUUAGUUAUUAUGACCAAAGAUAUUGAAACUUAUCAUCUCCAAAAGUAGCCACAAAGUGUCAUAGAUUGGUGCUGCUGAGUACAUGAAUAAAUAUUGAGUGAUAUGUCAAAUACUAGCUAUUAUAAGUUGAGGGGUGUAAUGACCCGGUCAUUUUUUUUUUCUCAGAUUUUUACGGAUAUUUUUUUUUCCAUUGUCUUUUCUUUUCUGUGUUUGAUUUUUCGUCAAUUGAUGUCGUGUCGAGUGCUCUAGAAUGAUUUCUGAGGCUCUUUUCCUUGGAUUGACAACUUCUUUUGAGAAUCGUAUCAUUUUCAUAUUUUUAUUUUUUCAGACACUAUUCACUUUUCGUUUUUUUCUCAUUUAUCAUUUUUCCUUACACAACCUCACUUUUUGUGUUCAGAUUUGAUUCCGGUUUUGCAUGCAUCUACGAUAUUUAAAUUCUAUGCCAUAUGUGUUUUUACUUUCUUAGAAAAGCAUGCUAAGUGUUUACUUUUCUUGUAAAGGGUAUGGA